AUGGGACGCAUCAGCGACAGCUUCACCAUUCUCUAUUUCGCCCUCGCCGCCGGCAUAUACCUCAAGCCGGAGUAUGCUAUUUUCAAUUCCAGGGUUGUAACGGGUGCCUUCCUUUUUGGGGUCAUUACUGCGUCCAAGCUUGCUUACCGGCUUGUGUUGUAUCCCGACUACUUUACCCCUUUGAAACACAUUUAUUCACCUGCAGGUCGGAGCUGUCUCACCGGUAAUUCUCCGAGUUUCUUGCUUGAGGCCCCCUAUCCGCAGUUACGGGAGUGGGCCAAGAACAGGCCCAAUCAAGAUCUCAUCCGGUACUAUCUUGUCGCAAACCUCGAAAGAGUGAUUCUGACAAGCCCAAAAGCAUUGGGUGAGCUGCUUGUGACGAAAGUUUACGACUUUGAAAAACCCGAAUUGGUUCGGCAGAGCUUGCGGCGUAUUACAGGCGAUGGAGUCCUACUCGCUGAAGGUGAAGAGCAUAAGGCGCAACGCAAGAAUCUUAUGCCAGCCUUUGCCUAUCGCCACAUCAAGAAUCUCUAUCCAGUCUUUUGGAGCAAGAGUGCAGAAAUGGUCAAGAUGAUCGAGGAAGAUCUACAGAGCAGAAAGGCCAAUGGAUAUAACGAUAACACAGUCCAGGUCAGUAACUGGGCCAGUCGAGCAACCCUGGACAUCAUCGGUGUCGCCGGUAUGGACCACGACUUCGACUCUCUUCGUGAUCCCGACAAUACCCUCAACCAAUCCUAUCGCAAAAUCAUGUCCCCUCCCUCCCUCAUCAUGAAAAUCCUUUUCGUGAUAGGUAUGAUAGUUGGUAACCCAACAUGGGUCCACUCUUUACCGACGAAACGCAACAAAGACAUCAAGGAAAGUGGCGAGGUCAUCCGCAACGUCGCACGGCAGAUGAUCCGACAAAAGAAAGCAAAGAUGGAAGACCCCAAAGCCGAAACGGGAAUUGACAUUAUCUCCGUUGCACUAAGCAGCGGCACCUUCGACGAAGAAAACCUCGUGGACCAAUCCAUGACCUUCCUAGGUGCAGGCCACGAGACAACAGCCACAGCACUACAGUGGGCCGUUUACGCACUCUGCAAGAACCCCGAUGUUCAAAGUCGUCUGCGGGAUGAAAUCCGCGCCAAUCUGCCCUCCCUCGACAACCCGACCCCAAUCUCCGCAGCCGCAGUCGAUAAUCUGCCCUACCUAAACGCAGUGUGCAACGAGGUCCUCCGCUUCCACCCUUCUGUGCCCAUGACCAUACGCAAGGCAGUUCGUGACACAAGCCUUGCCGACACGUUUAUUCCCAAGGACACGACAUUUACAAUCUGUCCGCAAAUCCUGAACCGAUUGGAAGAGCUGUGGGGACCAGACGCGAAUGAGUUCAAUCCGGACCGCUUUAUGGGUCCCGGUAAGGCUAACACCGGUGGUGCGGUCAGUAAUUAUGCCUUUUUGACUUUCUUACAUGGUCCGCGUAGUUGCAUUGGGCAGGGCUUUGCAAAGUCGGAGCUUGCUUGCUUGGUUGCUGCUACUGUCGGUCGGUUUCACAUGGAGUUGAAGUUUCCUGAUGCUAAGUUGGAGAUUCGGGAGGGGGCUACCGUUGCACCUAAAGAUGGGGUACUUGCCUUGUUUACGCCGUUGGAGGGGUGGUAG